AUGAUGGUGCAUUGUGCGGGCUGCGAGAGGCCGAUUUUGGACAGGUUCCUCCUCAACGUCUUGGACAGGGCAUGGCAUAUCAAAUGCGUCCAGUGCUGCGAGUGCAAGUGCAACCUAACCGAGAAAUGCUUCUCCAGGGAAGGCAAACUCUACUGUAAAAAUGACUUUUUCAGGAGGUUUGGUACCAAAUGCGCUGGCUGUUCCCAAGGGAUUUCUCCCAGCGACCUCGUCCGCAAAGCCCGGAACAAAGUCUUUCACCUGAACUGUUUCACCUGCAUGGUCUGCAACAAGCAGCUCUCCACGGGCGAGGAACUCUAUAUCAUAGACGAAAACAAAUUUGUUUGCAAAGAGGACUAUUUGAACUCUCCCAGUCUGAAGGAAGGCAGCCUCAACUCAGUGUCCUCAUGUACAGACAGGAGUUUGUCCCCGGAUCUCCAGGACCCCAUGCAGGACGACACCAAGGAGACAGACAACUCUACCUCCUCGGACAAGGAGACCACCAACAACGAGAACGAGGAGCAGAACUCGGGCACCAAGAGGAGGGGGCCCCGUACAACCAUUAAAGCUAAGCAGCUGGAGACCCUCAAAGCUGCCUUCGCUGCCACCCCUAAACCCACUCGCCACAUCCGAGAGCAGCUGGCCCAGGAGACCGGCCUCAACAUGAGAGUUAUCCAGGUCUGGUUCCAGAACCGUCGGUCCAAGGAGCGGCGGAUGAAGCAGCUGAGCGCGCUGGGUGCCCGCCGCCACGCCUUCUUCCGCAGCCCGCGCAGGAUGCGGCCCCUCGGCGGCCGCCUCGACGAGUCCGAGAUGCUCGGCUCGACCCCCUACACGUACUACGGAGAUUACCAAGGUGACUACUACGGACCGGGAGGCAACUAUGACUUUUUCCCCCACGGGCCACCCUCCCAAGCCCAAUCCCCGGCCGACUCCAGCUACCUUCAGAACUCAGGACCUGGCUCCACACCCCUGGGACCCUUGGAGCCCCCCCUAAGCGGACACCACUCCUCAGAAAACCAAAGGUACACGGAUAUGAUCUCGCAUCCCGACACCCCCAGCCCUGAGCCGGGGAUGACCGGUUCGCUGCACCCCAUCCCGGGAGAGGUCUUCAGCGGGGGGCCCAGCCCACCCUUCUCCAUGUCCAGCAAUAGCGGCUACAGCGGGGCCCUCUCACACCCCAACCCGGAGCUCAGCGAGGCAGCGGUGUGGUAG